GCUCAUCAUCACAGUUUACUCGUCCUUUGAUCAAUUGACAUCAGUCGAGACCCUCAAGCAUCAUGAAAUUCAUCCUUGCCGUCCUCGCCCUCGCGGCCGUCGCCUACGCCCAGGAGCAACGCCCAAUUGCCAUCCUCCGCCAAGCUCACCCAGAAAUCCACCCGGAGGGUCACUACUCUCACAGCUUCGAGACCGAAAACGGCAUCUACCAGCAAGAACAGGGCAGCGCCAGCGUACCCGGAGAGACCGGCAAGGUCGUCGCUUCCCAGGGUUCCUACCAGUACACCGCCCCCGAUGGCCAAGUGAUCCAAGUCCAGUACACCGCUGACCAAAACGGAUUCCAAGCCCAGGGCGACCAUCUGCCAAAAGCCCACCCAAUCCCAGAGGCCAUCGCUCGCUCCCUCGAGUACAUCCGCACUCACCCACAGCCAGUCCAGCAGCAGGCUGCCCAACCGGCCUUCCAGGCUGCCCAGCCCGCUUUCCAAGCCCCAGUGUACAAGCAACAGCCAACUGGUUUUGGAUUCGCUCCCCAGCGUCGCUUCUAA